UCACGUGAGUUACAGGCAGCGAUGUCUCGUGAUGAUAGUUUAACUCAGUUGACAAACAGCUGCUUUGUUUACGUGUUUAUCCUGUAUCCUGUUAUUGGUUAACUAUUUAUUUUAUUAUCUAUUUAUUAUUGUUUUAUUUAAAAAAAACUUUUAAUUAAAAUACAACUUUAUUUGCAAGUGCAUGAAUAUAUUGAUAUAAGUAUCAGUAGUACAAAAUAAAUAAAUAAAUAUAAAAAAGUGCAUGUAAAAGUCCUCCCUUUGAAAGCCGUGUAAGUAAAACAUUUGGUAUAUUAUUUGUAUAAUUAAAUUAAUUAAUUUAAAUUAUUUUUUUAUUAUUAUUAUUAAAAUAGUGUGACUGUGUUUUGCCUUUUCUAUUUUGAUCAUUCUCACCCAAGGGACUUUUCUGUGAAAAUGUCUUCUGCAGAAGAGUAACUUAUCAGUGCAAGGCACGCGCGUGUCUGGAGAUGUAGCCCAAAUCUACAAGAACUCUGCAGAACUGCCUCUCUGGGACUUUUGAAGGCCUGUUGUUGAACUUCUCCUGACUGACAGGAUGUCUAUCACGGACCACAGCCCCACCACCGGGGUCGUCACCAUUAUUGUAAUACUCAUUGCCAUCGCCGCACUGGGGGCUUUAAUUCUCGGUUGUUGGUGCUACUUGCGGCUGCAGCGCAUCAGUCAGUCUGAAGACGAGGAAAGCAUUGUCGGUGAAGGUGAAACCAAGGAGCCCUUCUUGCUGGUCCAGUAUUCGGCCAAAGGCCCGCGGGUGGAGCACAAGACUAAGCUCACCCCUAACGGCACCGAGAGCCACACCUAAGCUCUCUCAUCUCCCUUCGCAAUGCAUACUGUGUCGUGUUUGUAGACUCCGUCUGUCUUAAAGAAUUUCAAACCUUACAGUGUCAUUGAACGCUGAAAUGAAACCACAAGACAAACCUAGUGCAUGCAGUUGUCUAGUUGCUUUGACUUGAUUUAUUAUUUUUUUUCUCGCCCAUUUUGUGGUGGUAGAGCCCUGUUAUAAUGUGAAAUCGACGACUGUCAGCGUUUUGUGCAAUGCUGUUUGUUUGUAAAGCCGUAACCGAGUUCCGAAGCUAAAUCAAGAUGAUUUUGAUUUCUUUGGUGGUGUUUUUAUUUUAUUUUUUCAUCCAGAGCUGGCUCUGGUAUUAAGAAGUUCAAGACAAAUUUUAAUGGACCGAUUUCACAACCAUGUCAAAGUUUUAGAUAGUUUUCAUGCUUUUCAUCCAGUUCAUUCCUUUUACUUUUAAAAAUAAUUUUCCUUUAUUGGCAUCUAUGGUUCCAUGAAGAACCUUUAAGAUCCAUGGAAUCUUUCCAUUCCACAAAAGGGGGGGGGGGGGGUGGAGGCUCUUCUGUGGCAUUGCUGUGAAAACUCCAUUUUUGAACCUUUAUUUUUAAGUGUUGAAUUAAAAUACAAAAAGAAACAUGUUUUUCAUUACAAAUAAGCACUUCAGGAUACAAUAACUUGCCAAAUUAUGUAAACUGGCUUUUGAAAGCUAUUACAUUAUAUUUAGACAUGUUUAGAAUGAUGAUUUCAUUAGCACUUUUUAUCUUUAAUGUGACAUACAAGUGAUUUUGUACACAGCAUUUGCUGGUUCUGGUUUCAGCCUGCUAGGAAACCACUAUAAGAACGAAAGCCAAUGACUGAGGUCUUUUUAUUCUACUAUUGUGACCCCAGAGGCAUUCGUCUUUCGUGGUUGAGCACAUUUCUACAUCGCGAGAAGUCAUUUGAAAGUGUAAAUAUUAUUUUUAUAGAUGGCUUAAUGCGUAGCUGGAUACUGAAAAGUCAUUGUCCUGAGUUUUUAACCUGUUCCUUCAUAGGAUUAUUUUUUUGUUUCAUUAAUUCCGAAUGUUUUUGUGAUAUCACAGUGUUUGCCGUUUGUACAUGUUAGAUGAAAGUGAGAGAAAUGAUUUAUUUUUAUACAGUAUUCAUGCAAAUGUUGUCUAUAGGGGCAAAAUCAACAGUCAGGCAUAGGAGGUAGAUGAAGCCUGAAAAUGCAGCUAAAAUGAUUUCUUUGACGUCAUUAAUAUGUUUAGGGUUCUGUCAUACAUUUGAAGUCAGCUGAUUUUUUUUGUGUGUGUAUUAUGUGCUGUUCAAUAUACAGAAAUAUACAAGGACAGUACGUGCAUGUUAAUUUAAUCUGCAUAUUUGAGAAAAGCAACUUUUAUGAGUAAAGCGCUCAGUAUAUUGCUUAUGUCACUCCAGCCAGUGUGUCUGUCCAGUGUUUGACUGUACUGAACAAUAAAACCUCUGUUACUAGGGAAA